ACGCCCCCACAGAGGGCGCUACGCCUGCGCCAGAACGGCUGCCUUGCUCCCGGAAGUGGAGGGUUUACACUGAGUGCCGCUGGGUCUGAGUGACCGAAGGCAGUAGCGUUCGCGGAGAUCGCCCGCUGGCCCUCGAUCACCAUGUCGGCCUUCGACACUAACCCCUUCGCGGACCCAGUGGAUGUAAACCCCUUCCAGGAUCCUUCUGUGACCCAGCUGACCAGUGCUCCUCAGAGUGGCCUGGCUGAGUUCAAUCCCUUCUCAGAGACAAAUGCAGCGACAACAGUUCCUGUCACACAACUUCCUGGGCCCUCCCAGCCAGCAGUUCUCCAGCCCUCAGUGGAGCCAGCACAGCCAUCGCCCCAGCUCCUGCUUAGACAGGCCAGCAAGUUUCUGCCUGCCCGAUUCCUGGCAGCGGGUGAGCCCUCAGAGAGGCAGAUGCUACUAGGAGGAGAUAGUAGUCCCAGGGACAGCUACAUGUGCAAGCUUCCGAAGGCUGUUGCGGCUGCAGCCCAGGCAGGCCUGCUUCGGCAGCAGGAAGAGUUAGACAGGAAAGCUGCUGAGCUGGAACGCAAGGAGCGAGAGUUGCAGAACACUGCGGCGAAUUUGCAUGUAAGAGAAAACAACUGGCCGCCACUCCCCUCAUGGUGCCCUGUGAAACCCUGCUUCUAUCAGGACUUCUCCACGGAGAUCCCUGCCGACUACCAGCGGAUAUGCAAGAUGCUUUACUAUCUGUGGAUGUUGCAUUCAGUGACUCUGUUUCUAAACCUGCUUGCAUGCCUGGCCUGGUUCACAAGUGACGCAGCUAAUGGAACAGCCUUUGGCCUCUCCAUCCUUUGGUUUCUGAUUUUCACGCCCUGUGCCUUCCUUUGUUGGUACCGACCCAUCUACAAGGCUUUCAGGUCUGACAACUCUUUCAGCUUCUUCGUGUUCUUUUUUGUAUUUUUUUGUCAAAUAGGAAUCUACUUCAUCCAGUUGAUUGGCUUGCCUAACUUGGGGACCAGUGGUUGGCUCGCAGCCCUCUCUACAGUGAAUAAGGGGCCCUUAGCUGUGACCAUCAUCAUGAUGGUAGUGGCUGGCUUCUUUACCCUCUGUGCUGGGCUCUCACUCUUCCUCCUGCAGCGGGUCCAUGCCUUCUACCGCCGAACAGGAGCCAGCUUCCAGCAGGCUCAGGAAGAAUUCUCCCAGGGCAUCUUCAGCAGCAGAACCUUCCGCACUGCUGCCUCGUCUGCUGCCCGAGGAACCUUCCAGGGGAAUUAGUCUUCCUGACUCUCCUUCCCUCAGCCCUGGCCUCUGUCACCUGCCUUCUGAGCUGCACUUUCCAUGGGUGCCUUAGCAGUGGCUGUGCCCAGCACAGACCAGGCAGGGAUUCGUCUUGUCCCUGCACUUUCCUCAGUAGUCAGCUUUCUCUUCUACAGGAGGGAAGGACAGGAAGGGACAAGGACUUUUUUUUUUAACACAUGGGAAAAGAAAAAAAUAACAAAGCUGUCUUUCCUUUUCUAACGGUGGUUUGGUAGGAUUUUGUCUGGAAGCAAUGGGCCUGCUUUUCCUGAAAACAAAUGGACUCAUGGGUAUGGGAUCAUGGGCCAGCCUGGGCUCACUGUACCAGGGAUUUCCCACAGGCACUUUGCAUUCCUCCCUCUAUAGGCUUCAUCUGUACUGGGGCCUCCACAGUCUUGCCUUUCAUGCUUGGGCUUCAUGAGCCUCCCCAGGGCUACACUCUAGGUGAACUGUGUACUGGGUGGGUGCACAGAAGUUUCCCAGAUUAUCUUCGGGGGUCUUCAGGUGUUCACGAUAGUCACGACCCUGUGCCUGCUUCGACUCAUGGUGUGACCGCACCUUGUGUCCUCGGGGCCUUCCCUAGCCCCUCUUCAGACUUCUGAAUGUAUAGUGAGUGGGGUUGGUUGGGACUUGGGGAUGGGGAGGGACUGAGGACAAGUCAAUCAAGUCCUGCCCAGCCUCUAGCAGUCUUCUGAGAGGGUAGGUGUCUGCUGACCUGUUUGUUGUGGCUUCUCUCCUCCCAAGGGACUCUGCCCCUCCGCCUUACCCUGGCCCCUGCCCAUCUUCAGCAAUACUCACCUCUUACAACUCUUAGGGUGGUUUGGAGGAAAUCAGUCCUGAACUAUGUCCUGCAGGCAGGACUGCUGAGCCUUCUUUCUGAGGGUUCUUCCCACACCCUCAGUGGAGUCUAGGUUCCUAUCCACUCAUCUUGGGGUGCUCCACAGGUGUCACUGCAGUGGCACUUAGGAAGCCACUGUGAGAACCUGGACCCUGUGCUUUGUGAGUGUUGUAAGCACUCGCCAAGCUGGCCAGCCUCCUGCCUCUGGGAACUGGGGCCCUCCUGAGGCUACCCUCAUGCUGUCAGCCCAUUUAGCCCUAGAGCCACCAAAUGGUAAUGACAGCCACAAGGGUUUUGUAAACUCUCUGGUAUUAUUUUCCUCCAUGUACAAAUGUAUAUGUCUUGUCUCAAUUUUUGUGCUUUAAUAAAAAGAUUUUCGGACAGCA